CCGGCUUCAACCCGAGUCCGGAGCGCGCAGCGGACGGCGGAGAGGUGAGGACAUGACUUCCCGCAGGUGGUUUCACCCCAACAUCAAUGGAAUCGAAGCUGAGAAACUGCUUCUGACCCGUGGAGGCCAUGGCAGCUUCCUGGCACGGCCAAGCAAGAGCAGCCUGGGGGACUUCACCCUCUCUGUCAGGCGGAACGAGGAGGUGACCCACAUCAAGAUCCAGAACACGGGGGACUACUAUGACCUGUACGGCGGGGAGAAGUUUGCCACCCUAGCGGAGCUGGUGCAGUACUAUACAGAGCAACAAGGGCUGCUGCGGGAGAAGAACGGCGAUGUCAUCGAGCUGAAAUUCCCCCUCAAUUGCCAGGACCCCACAUCGGAGAGGUGGUACCAUGGCCACCUGUUUGGCAAGGAGGCGGAGAAGCUGCUCACGGAGAAGGGCAAGGCGGGCAGCUUCCUGGUGCGCGAGAGCCAGAGCAAACCAGGCGAUUUCGUGCUCUCCGUGCUGACGCAUGAGGACAGGACAGACACAGGGGACCGCAGGGCCCGGGUCACCCACGUCAUGAUCCGCUUCCAGGCUGAUGGAAAGUAUGACGUGGGAGGCGGUGAGAGGUUUGACACGCUCACAGAUCUGGUGGAGCACUACAAGAAGAACCCAAUGGUGGAGAAGUCAGGAGCUGUGGUUCACCUCAAACAGCCAUUCAAUGCCACGCGGAUCAAUGCAGCCAACAUCGAGAACCGGGUGAAGGAGCUAAACAAGACGGCUGAUCAGAGCGAGAAGGCCAAGCAGGGCUUCUGGGAGGAGUUUGAGAUGCUGCAGCAGCAGGAGUGCAAACUGUUGUACCCACGCAAGGAGGGGCAGCGACCGGAGAACAAGGCCAAGAACCGCUACAAGAACAUCCUCCCAUUCGACACGACGCGGGUGACUCUCCAGGAGGUGGACCACAGGGUGCCAGGAGCCGACUACAUCAACGCCAACUACAUCCAGAAUAUUGGUGAAGACGGGCAGAGUUCGGAGCAGGGCAAAGUGUAUAUUGCCACACAGGGUUGCCUGCAGACCACUGUCAAUGACUUCUGGGCCAUGGUGUACCAGGAAAAUUGCCAUGUCAUCGUCAUGACCACCAAGGAGAUGGAGCGUGGACGGAACAAAUGUUUCCGUUACUGGCCAGACAAAGACUCCAGCAAGGAGUUUGGAUGCAUCUGUGUGCAGAACACGGAAGAGCGUGAAGCACAGGGCUAUUUACUGCGGGAGCUGGAGAUCAGGCGUACGGAUAGGGAGGAGCAGCCUCGGAAGGUGAAACAUUACCAGUACUUCAGCUGGCCGGACCAUGGGGUGCCCACUGAGCCAGGCGGCGUCCUCAGCUUCCUGGACCAAGUGAACCAGGCCCAAAGGGGCCACGUCAACACUGGCCCCAUCAUCGUCCACUGCAGCGCGGGCAUAGGACGCACAGGGACCAUCAUUGUCAUCGACAUCCUAGUGGAUGUGAUCCACCGGCAAGGGCUGGACUGCGAUAUUGACAUCCCUAAGACCAUCCAGAUGGUGCGACGGCAGCGCUCGGGCAUGGUGCAGACUGAGGCUCAGUACAAGUUUGUCUACAUGGCACUGCAGCAGUUCAUCGAGACCGAGAGGAAAAGGCUGGAGGAGGAGCAGCGGAGCAAGAGGAAGGAGCGCGAAUACCUCAACAUCCGCUACCAGCCCCUGGACAGAGCCAGAGGGAAAGGAAACCAGCCCCCGGCCCGGGCCCAGGCUGGCGUGGACGACGACUCUGCCUCGGUCUACGAGAACCUGAGCCUGCAGGGGGCUAAGGUUUUUGGCACCGGCAACACGGGGCGGUAAGGCCCAAAGGACUGAGCCUCCAGGACAGGGGCCUACGCUCUCUGCCCUUCCCACGGCUCGCCCAUCGCCUGAUCCUGCUGCUCCCGCUCAGCCCCGCACGGAGGGAUCGCACGGAGGGGAGAGGCAGUCGAGGCCCGGCCCCGAACGAACUUAUUCCUGGGAAUGACACCCCUUCUUCCCAUCCCCUCCAACCCCGCUCUCCCCGCCGGUAACGGGGCUGGGGGGCGGGGGUGAAACCCAGCCCUCGGGCGUCUUUGGAGAUUUUUCAGGGUUUUUGCAAAACCUCCUGCGAGUUUUUCCGGUCCUUGUGCCCGCCAUGCACAUGAGAGUCGUCGUGGGGGGCACUGAGUCCUCAGGAAUGGGGGCACUGGAGCAGCAGCUGUUAACCCCGCACCCCGACCCCAGCCCCAGGUUGCGUUGUGGUCUGACUGUGGUUUUGCCAUCCCAGAGCUUCUAGUUGCCUCCCACCUCCGGGGAUGGGGGAGGAAGAUGGGGGCUUCUGGUCUUGGGUCGGGGUGUGAGUGAGUGAGUGAGUGUCAGUGUGUGAGCAUGCGGGCAUGCCUGGCCGGAGCCCAGAGCGCCCCGCGGCGCACGCGGACUGUUCCGAUACUUUGUUGCACUUUGAAUAAAAAGUUGUGAGCUCGGCAG